CCUCCCUCGACGGCCGCUCUUAUCAGACGGCCAACCCCUCGUUUCGUAACUCUGGGCGAACCAGUCGCCCUUCCCGCGCCGAGGCGGGUUAUAAGUCGCGAACUUUGCCUUAGUUGCUCCACCCAACCGGCCCCGCGCGUUUUCGGCUCCCACCGCGAUCCGCAGCAGCCGUCUGGCCGGCCGGAGCGCAGCCUUCGUUCGACGGAGCGGGACGAGGCGCAAAGAGCCGCCGUCGCUCCGAGGGACAGCCGAACCGGGAACAUGGCCGGGCGUAGCCUCCGCCUGGCGCUUCUCCUCCUGCUGCCGCUCCUCGACGCCAAGGCCGGGAAGAGUUGCUACAAGCCGAAGAUUGCCAGGCCCUACGCCGUCCGAAACUACCCUCGUCCUUAUGAAUAUCUGGACAUCUCAAAACUGCCCAAGAGCUGGGACUGGAGGAAUAUAAAUGGAGUCAACUAUGUGAGUGCCACACGCAACCAGCACAUCCCACAGUAUUGCGGAUCCUGCUGGGCUCAUGGCAGCACCAGCGCUUUAGCAGAUCGCAUCAAUAUCAAGAGGAAAGGCAUUUGGCCUUCUGCCUAUCUCUCAGUCCAGAAUGUGAUUGACUGUGCCGACGCUGGCGGCUGCAGCGGAGGGGAUGACUUGCAGGUCUGGCGUUACGCUCAUGAGCAUGGCAUCCCCGACGAGACCUGCAACAACUACCAAGCUAAAGACCAAGACUGUGAUACGUUUAACCAGUGUGGGACGUGUGAUACUUUUGGAAAAUGUCAUAUGAUAAAGAACUACACCCUCUGGAAAGUUGCUGAUCAUGGUACUGUCAGCGGGCGGGAAAAAAUGAUGGCGGAAAUCUAUGCAAGUGGUCCUAUCAGCUGUGGGAUCAUGGCCAGCCCGAAGCUGCACAAUUACACCGGAGGACUUUAUGCUGAACAUCGUGCGCUGCCAUCUCUAAACCAUGUCGUUUCUGUUGCUGGCUGGGGUGUCGAGAACGGAACCGAGUAUUGGGUUGUCCGGAACUCUUGGGGCGAGCCAUGGGGCGAGAAGGGCUGGCUUAGAAUCGUAACAAGUGCAUAUAAAGGGGGAAGAGGGGCAUCCUACAACCUUGGCGUUGAAGAACAAUGUGCUUACGGAGACCCAAUUCUUCCUUAACUCUGCUGGAGGAGGAUUUGGAAACACAUGUUCAGAAGGAAAGGACUUUCCAAGCCCGCUGCUUCGCAAAGGGAUCAGUUAAUAUCCUGCAGCGUCCAUUAAUCAUGGAACGGUGAACCUUUAUUCUUUCUUGAACUAACCUUUCUCUUAAAAGAAUUCAAUGUUUGUUUAUGAAAUGACCCAAAGAAUGACAUGCACUGAUUGCACCGAGAGAAGCAAAGCAAACAGCUUUUAUUACUUUUGCAUAUGGAAAUUAGUUAAUUUUUAUCGUAAUUAUUUUAUAGCUUUCUGGGGAGAGGCUUUUUUGUUUUUGAAAAAAAUAUAAUACUGGGGAGCAGAGCUCUUAAAUAACUUGAAAUUAAAUUCUAUGUGAAAUUAUGCAAGUUGUAAAUUUCUCACUUUAGAGGCAUAGUGAAAUAAGAUGAUUUGAGUCAGAAAAGCUUGGAAACGUCAGUACCUCCUCACUUUCUAUAGGGCUAAGCUUUCUUGCUGAAAGUCUUAAAAGAGCUGUUCAGUAACAAUGAUUGUAUUACAGAACCAGCUGUUAUGUGACAAGCUAUUAAUG